AUCUCCAGAGUCCAGAGGAAUUUCCCAUGCGCGAGACCCGUCGCGGGUUAACGCGGUCCCUCCGAUUUCUUUCUCACGCCGCACGCUCGCCGUGAACCACUCCUGGCCGAAGACGCGCGUGCUCGUCCGCCGCCGUCCCGUGCUCCUCUCUCCCCUCUCGGCACCGCCGCCGCCCCGUGCUCCGAAGCCGCGAGACGUUUGCGGCGGCAGGACCUACCUCUACCUCUGGCUGAAGCGGAGGUGUUAAUUAUCCUCCAUCUAGUUGUCGGCAGCCUCCUUUCCGGCAAAUCACCGCCGACGAGGCCGAGCUGGUUGCGGGGGUCUCGAUCCCAUCGGACACGCCGUUGCGGCCAGCUGCCUAGGGUACCCGCCCUGCCCCGCCGCUGUCGGAGGCCACCGUCCUCGUCUUCGCCUGGCAGGCAGGACCGCCGGAGCAGUCGCUCGGCCGCGGCGCCUCCGCCCUAAGCUCCAAACCCUAGACUAGUGCUACGACCGCUGCGGAAAGGGCUCCGGCAUUGGGCGCGCUCCCGCGAGGGCGCGACUGCGACCGCGCUUGACGGGCGGCGGCGGCGACCCACGAGUUUGCGGGUAACGAGCUGUGCUUUAACUCGCAUCCGUAUUCUACUUGGUACAGAUCGUAGUUUGCUUGGUGCUUGUCUUCCUUCCCGGACUGAAUGGAGCAAGGGGAGAACCAAGCAGCUGAUAACUUGCUUGUCUCAGCAUCUGAUAAUAAUGAGUUGCAAGAUUUACCUGUGAAGGAAAGAUGCUUUGAGCAGAGAGAAGCUCUUCCUGGGGAGCCUCGCUGUGUUGUGUGUGGCCGAUAUGGGGAAUAUAUAUGUGAUGAGACUGAUGAUGACAUUUGUAGUGUGGAAUGCAAGACAAUUCUUCUUGCUCGAGUCGCUGCUAAAACAAAGUCAGCAGUAAAAGCAGCAAAGCGUGUGAACCUUCCCCUGGGCGAUGAGAGCUUCUGUAUUAAGGACACUAAUUUUCCAGAUAUACCUACUUUGGCUGACAGGCGGAUCAGUGCACUAAGGAGUAAGCUUGACAUUUGUGUCAAGGGUGAUGCUGUUCCUGAUCCAAUUAUGUGUUUCUCUUCCUGUGGUCUUCCUGAGAAGCUUGUGCACAAUCUUGAGACUGCAGGAUAUUGUAUGCCUACUCCAGUGCAGAUGCAAGUUAUCCCUGCGUCAAUGAGUAAUAGGAGUUUACUUGUUUCUGCUGAUACUGGUUCAGGAAAAACUGCUUCUUUUCUAAUUCCCAUAAUUGCUCACUGUUCACAAGUAAGAUCACAAGAAUGCACAAGCAAGCGAGGACCAUUGGCAAUAGUUCUUGCUCCAACCAGAGAGCUAUGCCUGCAGGUGGAAGAGCAAGCAAAAGUUCUUGGAAAAGGUUUGCCUUUCAAAACUGCUCUAGUUGUUGGUGGAGAUCCAUUGGCUCAGCAAAUUUACAGGAUUGAAAAUGGUAUUGAGUUAAUUGUUGGCUCCCCUGGGAGGUUGAUUGAUCUUCUCAUGAAACACAAUGUUGACCUUACUGAUGUUUCUGUAUUCGUUUUGGAUGAGGUGGACUGCUUGCUGCAGAGGGGAUUCAGGGAUCAGGCCCUGCAGAUUUUUCAAUCGCUUUCAAAUCCCCAGGUUAUGAUGUUUUCAGCAACAUUACAUUCGGAAGUUGAGAAGAUGUCUAACUCCCUGGCGAAGGCUGUUAUACGUAUCUCUUGUGGGAACCCAAGCAGACCAAACAAAUCAGUCAAACAAGUGGUCAUUUGGGUGGAGUCGAAGAAGAAGAAGCAGAAGAUUUUUGAGAUAAUGAAAAGCAAGCAACACUUUAAACCUCCUGCUGUUGUGUUUGUGAGUUCCAGAGUUGGUGCUGAUCUGUUGUCUGAAGCAAUUACUGUUGCUACCGGAUUGGAGGUUGUUUCUAUCCAUGGUGAGAAGACGAUGAAUGAGAGAAGAGAGAGUUUGAGAAGAUUUUUGACAGGAGAAGUAUCUGUUGUAGUUUCUACUGGUGUCCUGGGGCGUGGAAUGGAUCUCCUGAAAGUGCGUCAAGUCAUAUUGUUUGACAUACCAAAUUCCAUUGAUGAAUAUAUUCACCAAGUUGGAAGGGCAUCUCGGAUGGGCGAGGAGGGUAUGGCUAUUGUGUUUGUGAAUGAGGAGGAUAGGAGGAUUUUCAAAGAGCUUGUUCCGGUUCUGAAGACUGCAGGAGCCCCAGUACCCCGGGAACUUGCAAAUUCAAGAUACACGGCUGGUGUUUCUCUUGGUUGUGAGAGGAAGAGAAAAUUGAGUUCUAGGUCUCAUCCUUGACUAAAAAAGUUGCUCUGAAAGUCUGAAUCUUUCUUCAA